GGACAAACCCCAAUGAGUAUAACGUUUACAAGAAGACCAUUAAUUGUAACUCUUUAAGUAUUAAACUGCAGAAAAUUCUUACAAAGGAGAAACCAUACAAGUGCAAUGAAUGUGGCAAGGCCCUUAGUUCUUCUAAAACACUUUCUAUACACCAGAGACUUCACACGGGAGACAAACCCUACAAGCGUAAAGAAUGUCACAAGGCCUUCAAUACAUGCUCAGCACUUUUUAGACACCAGAAAAAUCAUACUGAUGAAAAAACAUACAUGUGUGAAGGGUGUGGCAAACUAUUUUACUAUCCUUCAAUGCUGAAGCAACAUCAAAUAAAUCAUUCUGGAAAAAAACCCUAUAAGUGUGGAGAGUGUGGCAGAUCAUUUUACUGUCCUUCAAUGCUGAAGCAACAUCAGAGUAUUCAUUGUGAAGAGAAACCCUACAAGUGUGAAGAAUGUCACAAAGCUUUCCAUUACCACCAAACCUUAAGGAACACAAGACUACUCAUACUGGAGAGAAACCAUAUAAGUGUGAAGAAUGUCUGUCAGGAGCCAGCCCUGAGGAGUCAAUGGAGCUCCUGGAAUAUCUCCCCUGGUGUGUAG